GGAGGUAUUAUUGGUUGAAAGAUUCACACCAACUCCCAGGGGAGAAUGAAAAGUUGGUACAACUCACUGCUUCUGAGUCCUUCAAUGGAAAAUAUUACUGUAUGGCCACAAGCAGAGAUGACUCUUAUCCUUCAACCACAUGGAGUGAAGCCUUCACAGUGUCAGUGUUACAGAAACCCAGGGCUACACUGACAUCAGGCACCACAACCAUCUCAGUCGGAGGCUCAGUGAGUCUUUCCUGCUCUGUGAGAGACUCUGAUGGAUGGAAAUAUGAGUUUUACAGAAAAUCAUUGACCAGGUGGGAGAAACUAGCUGAAACAAAUGUUGGGGACAAUGGAGUCAUCCAGGUAUCUAAAGGAGGAAUAUAUCGGUGCAGAGGAGAGAGAGAAACAUCAGGUUAUCUCUCUGACAUGAGUGGUGAAGCCACCAUUCUGAUAACUUUCACCAACAAGCCUGUCAUAACACGACAACCCAGCUGGUCUCAGAUAUUCCAGGGUGAGAAGAUCACUCUGACAUGUGAGGUCCAGGGAGGAGAGAAGACUGACUGGAAGUAUUACUGGUGGAGAAAUUCACAAUCACUUCCAGACAAUGAAAAGUUGUUACAAUUCACUGCUUCUGAGUCCUUCAAUGGAGAGUAUGAAUGUAUGGCCAGACGCAAAGUUGACUUCUAUUCUUCAACCACAUGGAGUGAAGCCUUCACAGUGUCAGUGUUACGACUAAAGCUCGUCCUCUCUGUGUCUCCAUCAUGGUUGAUUCCUGGAGCUUCAGUCACUCUGAUCUGUCACACUGAACCUCCGUCAGCAGGGUGGAGCUUCUACUGGUUCAAAGCUGUUCCAAACUCUCAGGAUUCCUACACCUAUGAGCCUCUACCUGGUACCAGCAGUGGGACAGCAAACAAUUCCUUCACAGUUCAUGGACAGACACACACAGCAGGAUAUGCAUGUUCAGCUGGACGAGGGGAUCCGCUGAUUUACACACAACACAGUCGUCCCACAUUUGUCUGGUCUUCAGGUGUUCAUCCAUCAGCGUCUCUCACAGUGAAUCCUGACAGAGUCCAACACUUCACCUCUGAAUCUCUCUCACUGACAUGUGAAGGAAGCUCUUCCCAGUGGAGGCUGAUCCGGUUUCUGACUGACGACUCGCUGUUGAGCUUUCUUCCUCCAGCUACGAUCAGACGAUCAACAUAUAUUAAGAAUGAGGCUCCAAGAAAAGCCGUGUACUGGUGUGAGUCUGGAACAGAGUUCAGCAAUGCAGUCAAUAUCUCCACACACUCUGAUGGCGUUAUCCUGGUGAGCCCUGUGUAUCCUGUACCUGUGGGAGAGUCUGUAACUCUCCUCUGUGUCAUGAAGACUGGAAAUAUUUCCUCUGAUGUGUUUUUCUACAAAAAUAACAAACUCAUUGAAAAUGAGAGACGAAGAGAGAUGAAGAUCUCUGCAGUGUCAGAAUCAGAUGAAGGUUUCUACAAGUGUCAGUACAAUGGAAGAGAAUCAGCACAAAGCUGGAUGGCUGUUCAAUUUGUAUCCAGGAAAAAAAGCUUUCCAUUGUGGUCUAUUGGGUUGAUUUGUGGACUUCUUAUUUCUCUGCUGCUGCUGUUAUGGCGCUCCAAAAGGACAAAAGAUUCAUGCUUCAACAGGGUUAACAGGUCUCAAAGUUCACAGCAGAGCCAAACUACAGACCACAGCAGCAACCAGCUGGAAGAUCAGUGCAACACAUAUGCUUCUCCGUUCCAAGGUGAAUCCACUAAUGUGACAUAUUCUUCAGUAGAACUUAAAAACAUCAAGAAUGGUGAAUCUGAUAAUGUGACUUAUUCUUCAACUGAGCUUAAAAAAGUCAAGAAUGGUGAGUAUUGGAUGUUAUAAAGUGGAUAUGCUACAGAUAAAAUUAUCAGCCAGUGGAACAAAUAUGUCUACUUUCAAUGAGUGAAUUUUAUUUCAUUCUCACAGUGAAGAAGAAGAAACCAGAG